CCGCCUGAACGGCUGCCGCCGGCAGGGCCCGAUGCUUUCAAGGAGCAUACCCGUCUGGGUGCACCAAGCAUCACGUCUGGGGCUGGCAGCGCCGAGGUAGAACACGACGGACCCGUGGGUCAGCAGGGACGCGGUCCGGAGGAAAGACCCGUCAGGGCAAAGGCGUCCCCAGAGAACGCCGAAUACCUGCUGCGUCGGCGGAAAAUCAAGGAACUCAAGGAAGGGCGGGAGGCUUGCGGGUUCAUACGGCGCUUGCGUUAUCUGGACACUGCUCUACUGGACAACCUCGGUGCCCUGCCAUUGGAAGACCUGCAGCAAAUCGCAACGGAACUCACUAGCUCGGAACUCACCACGAACUUCCCCACAGUGCGCAGCGCUCUGGGGGGGUCGUUCCGUGAAGUUUCGCACGGCUACGUCAAGCAGCACACGGACGACGACGAGGUGCUGCAGUGUGGGGUACACGCGGUCCUGCUGCGCACCCUGGAGGUCUUCUGGCGCAAGUACAUGGUGGAGGAGCGCCUACUCAUGCCCAGCGACCGGCGGCGGAGAUGGACGCCCAUGGAGGCAGAGAUGAUGAUGCGGCAGGUGGACCGGCUCAGCCCGCUGCUGGGCUCCGUGCUGCGACGCACGGCCUGGCGGGGCGCCCCGCUGUCGCAGAUAGUUGCG